AUGUUUAUCCAGCGCCUCGGGUCCAGGCAACAACUUCACGCAGCAGCCCUCGUCCUAGCAGCCACCGCUUCCACCAUCGCCGAAAAAGCCCGCUCCACCUCGCAACUAAUCGAAAAGACCCUCCUGCCGCCCCCAGCCUCUUUUUCAAACACAGACUCCAAGCCCGACCCCUCAAACCCCUACCCUUCAAACCCCUCCCUGAAAACCCUCAAUAACCUCGCCGCCAAGCUCCUCCAAUUCAACCAGCACGCCAACACCCUGGGGGACUGCAUCACCAGCGCUUCCAGCUCUGGCGUGGCCGACGUGCUCGCCAAGGCACUGGAUCAUGCUUUGACGAGGUGUGAACAGGGCGUGGAGAUUAUGAAGGGCCAGGUUGAGCUUGUGCGGGGGGAUGGUGAUGUGCUUGAGUUGGAUCCCGCCGGCGAGACGGGGACGCCCACCGGGGAGCAACAAAAUGGCGGCGUGGAGGCAAAUGCGGAGAAGGGCAGCAAGAAGAGGGACGUUGAUGGACAAGUGGUUGAGGAGUACGUGAACUUAUUGAUUGCGUACUCAAGGGUGUUUAUCUUUUUCUCGCAAAUUGUUAUUGUGAACGAAGAGGAGCAAGCGGAGUGGAUGGCUAGAAAUGAGGUUGGUAAGAUUCUUGCCCUCGCGGACGAGGCGGCGGACAAGGUCUUGGCUGGGAAGAGCAUCGUUACGCAGUAA